UCUUUCUUCUUUUCAAAUAUCGUGUGUCAAUUUAACCCUGUCUGUUCAUUUCGCAACAUUUGGAAGUAAAGUAGGCGUUGGAUUAUUAGGGCGAAGUUGGUGUGGAUGGAUGGGUUAUAUUCUUUUCUUCCCAGUGGCUUCCCCCCUGCUUGGCUCCGUUCUUGUUCUCCGUGUUCUCGGCUUAGAUUCUAGAGAAGCAAAAGGAAAAGAAAAGAAUAAAAAAAGAAGAAGAAAUGCGAGAGGGAGGGGAGAUGGCGGAGAUGUAACGAUCACUUGGUCGACAUCCAGGGACAUUGAAGGGAUGGAGUUAGAGAGUAAUACAAAAGAAAAGCAAAGCAAAGCAAAGCAAGCAUAAAAAACCAUUAGGCCCUCGACACAUUUUCUGGGUGAUUCGGGGCU